CAUAAUUUUUCCAAGCCUGUCUUUCUGCACCACAUACGGUGCAAGAAGCUUGCUACUCUCACAAUGGAAGUAUUGGAGAGCCAGGACCUGUCUGAUGGGCAGAUACAACAAAUGCUCAGAGAUGCUGAGCAGAGGAUGAGGGCAUCAGCAGAAGCCAGUGCAAAUACUUUGAUAACCACCAGCGGCAUAUCAUCUCUGCCCGGUCUCGACUCUAGCACCAGUAUCUCAAAUGGGACCGGCUCCGGUUUACCUUCAGUAUACGUUAAGCCAACCAUCUCUGGUGCACAGGUUGAUCCAGAAUUUCUUGUCAGUAAGCAAGAGAGGAAGCUUGCAAAUACACCACGCUGCGUUGAAGAUCCGGUUGCCGCUAAGGUUAAGGCUGCAAAAGAGAAGGCAGCAUCAGCUGGGCCCAAUUGGUACAACCUGCCUAAGACCGUAUUGACGCCGGAACUCAAGCGUGACCUGCAACUGCUACGCUUGCGAUCAGUCCUCGACCCGAAAAGACAUUAUAAGAAGGACAAUGAUAGAAAGAGCGACGUGCCUGAGUUCUCCCAAGUUGGAACAGUCAUUGAAGGACCGACCGAAUUCUUCACUGCCAGGAUGACAAACAAGGAGCGAAAGCGAACCUUCCUAGAAGAUGUUUUGGCAGGCGAACAGAAGACGCAGCGAUUCAAGUCGAGGUAUAGUCAGAUACAGCUUGCCAAGACCAGCGGGAAGAAGGCUCAUUACAAAGCGCUGAGGGCAAAGAGAUCUGGAAAGGUUUCUAAAGGUUGAAGCCUCUUCCCUGAACAAGUCAUCCGUUUAACAGGCAAACCGCAAGCUCCAUCCAAGUGGUACAGGACUUGAUCCGUCUGGUAUCUCCCAUAACUAACAAUCAGAUUAUUGUUUGGGAGACCAGUGACACUGAUGGAGAGCUACCUACCGUAGUCACCUAUGCACUACGCCCUGCGCCAACUGCAGACGCCCGCGCCACGAAGCUGUUGGGUAUGGGCCUGCCAAACAAGAUCUGGCUAGGUAACAUGGUGGUGAUCCAUAUUAUAUGACCGUAGGUUAAAUAGCCACGCGGCAACUGGCACCCCAUUGCGAGCAUGAAUAUAGCGUAAUUAAAUAGAAUACGCCCUCAUGAAUCAAAUAUACA